AUGUGGAAUAACCAGGGUAAAGAGUGUGAAAGUUGCAAGCGAGACGGUGUUGAAUGUCGAUACUCGUCUCCCGGCAAGCGCGUCAAUCAUGUCAAACUCUUAUGUCAAAACUUUGAGACGCUCGAAGGCCAACUGCACAGCAUCCAAAAUGAUCUCUCAGACUUGACAUCACUUGUCAAAGGUGGGAGUAGUGUAAGAUCCUUAUCCCUUCCUGCUGAGGAAUGGAUCCCCGAGAACCAUUCUGGGACGGAUUCGACGUCAACCCCUCACACAAACCGUCAUAUUGUCAGAAACACAUCACAAUCACUUGAUCGUUAUCAUGGACCAUGCUCCCUUUAUGCCCUUUGCAAGGAAUUUAGCGACCACUCAUUAUUUUCUGUUUCGGAGAACAAUACCUCUGGGGAAAAUGCAGUUUCUGAGCAUAUGAUGUUGCAAGAGAUGCUCAAUGAAGCAAGUAACGAGCCUCACUUAGACAUGCUGUCUCAUCCUGUCGGUAUAUGUCUCCCACCUCGACAGUUUCUCAACCUUGUCAUCGGCCCUUUCUUCAAGAAUGUCGAUUAUGCAACUGAUGUCUUUGUGCGAUCUAAUUUCCAACCCCACGUCGACCGAAUCUAUUCACAACCUAUUGGGCCUGCAGAUGAAGGCUGGGCUGUCUGUUUCAAUGUGAUUGUUCUUCUCGGCAUCAAGAAAGAACCCACGAUUCAGGGCAACAGUCACUUUGUCCAAACACUUCUACAGACAUUGAAAAUGGCUGUUAAUAACCCUCGAGUAUUCUUAACGCCAAGGCUCGUUAACGUCCAAGCACUUGCUCUUUUGAGUUACGUGGCCGAGCAGUACAGCACGACUUCGCUUGCAGAACUCGUCUUCGCCCAAGCCUGUCUGCUGGCUCGCACCAUGGGCCUUCAUCAAAGCAAUGCAUCUUUCGAUGGCCUCCCACCCGAGGACAUAUUGGAACGGCACAAGGUUUUUAGAUCAUUAUAUAUCAGAGAUAAAAAUAUCGCAAUAUUCCGUGGGUCCACAACCUGGCUACCAGGUUAUGAUUCCGGCAUCCCCCCUUCCUUUGACGAAGCCGGAACAGGAACACCCGAUUUAUUAGCCCGCCUAGAGCUUGCGAAACUUCAGGAUGAAGUUUAUCAGGCCUUCCAUGCGGCCGGUGCACCCAACUUACAUCAUUCGAGACACCACCAGGUACCGGCACAGUUACAACAAAGACUGGAACAGUGGUCUUCGACUCAUAGCAUCAUGCAGAGGGCUUUGACGUCCACUGAAACGUUUUCUCUCAUGUUAUCUUUCUUCGCAACGAGAAUCUGUUUGAGCAAAGAUAAUGGUGACAUGAGAUCUACCCAGCCGUUCAAGGAUGCCAAAGCAUGCUGUCUUAUCUUCUUACUGGCCACAGCUGCAAAGCCAGAUGUGCGCCUUUUGGAGACUUUGAAAGAGAUACUAGGCCAGCACAAAUCUAUCGACCAACCUAGCUCCAGAAAGACGAAAAGAAAUUCUCGAAAUCAACCUGCUUUGUCUGAAAAUGAUGAGUCUGCGGCCUCAUCCCUUCCUCGGUUGGCUGCAACUUUCCCACUAGCGGCGGCUUUCAUCGUUGCUAAAGAUACCUUGUUGCAGCCAAUAGGAGAAGUGGAUGGCACCCCCGGUCGGCCAGAAGAGGAAAUAACAAUUUUGGAAGCUCUUCGGGAUCGAUUUGCAACGGCUGCCGAGCAAGCCCAUGUUGACAACCUCGCAUUAGGUUUCAGUAGGAUACUGGGUCUAUUGAUUAGAGUUGUGCGCCAGAAACGAUCGCCUGAAGCAAACAACACCCCUUCUUUAGCCUUCAACGACCUGCCAAGCCUGCAUUCAACAAGAUCAUCCAGCUCUUUACAGGAAAGUGUGGUGAGCUCUUUUAGAGACACACCACCAGGUCCCGAGAACGUUUCAACAGUUAGUUCUAUCAGUGAAGCCGUAUCAAAUUCUUCUCUUCUCUUGCCAUUUACUCAGCCAAUAGAGGACCCGGCCAGCGGCUCACCGUGGUUUACAAACGUGGGUCAAAGCAUCGGACUGAACAACACCCCAGUCUUAAUGUCCUGGCCUGUUCAACAUAAGCGACAGUCUGAGGAAGCGGACCAUCUGACCAAGAGACCAAGGAUGUCCUGCCAAGAAGAAUACCUGGAUAUUCCUGCAGUGUAUCAUGAUCCUGGUUCACGAACUGAAGAUGACUCUUUAUUUGCGUUCGAUUUUUUAAACACAGGAGCGGAUAUUUCGGUUUUCGAUAUGGAAGAUUAG